AUGAGCCCUGCUGGAGACGAAGAGCGCACUGCUGCGAGUGGAGAACAGAUCCGCCCGCCGGUGCAGGAGGGCAGCGAUGCGGAGCUUGCAAGUUUGCAACUGCAGGUCUCACGAUUGGCGGCCCUGGUGGAGGAGUCGAUGAAGAAGAAGGAGCCUCGCAGCGUCGUGGCGGAUGCAGCCAGUAGGGGCGGCUGGGUUGCUGCCCCCGAAGGCCAACAAGAGCCCCUGCAGCCGCACGGCGGAGGCGGGGGAUUUCUCCAGCAGCAAGCGAGAGAUGGUGGGCAAGGACCACGGCAGCUGCUGGAAGGCGGCUGGGCCAGCAAAUCGGGAGCGAACCCUGUCGGACCAGCCGGAGUGGGCCCGGGCAUGGGACCGGACUACGGGGAAGCGAGGGGGUUAAACCGUGAGAUACCCGUGAUUCGAGGAGAUGGAGAAGUCCUCGACGGCUACAGCAGUAGCCACAUGAAGAGACAAUGCUCGAAGGGGAGAGUCGCGGCCAUGGGACUGGACGGCCAAUUGAUCGGCAACAACGAGAGACAUGCACCUGUCGGCAACCCAAACGUGCCAAGCUCGGAGUUGUACCGCCUCCAAUACACCAGCGACGAGGUCCAGAGGGGCCUCCAACCGUUCCAUUUUGUGACCACUGUCAUCGUCAGAGAAGCCGACAAGGCGAUCAUGAACAAAUGCGAGACCGCAAAAGACAUCCUCGCGGAACUCGACAAAAUCUACGAUCCGGAAUCGCAGGGCUCGAAACAAGCCCUCAUGAGGCAAAUGUUCAACUUCACGAUCCCCACACACAGCAGCAGAAACCCCAUCGAGCACCUGUACUCGCUCGAGUUGCUGUACUCACGCCUACGCGAAAAAGGGCUCAACGCUGAGGCACCCUUUGUACUCGCCCACUUCGUUGGUUCCCUUCCACCCGAGUACCAAGUAGCGAAGUUCCUGUUGGAGACAGCAACGGCGCUGGAUAGGGCCGACAUCGUCAGAAUCGUGAGCACGGUGCACGCGAGCCUUCCGGAGGGGAGGAAGGCCUCGAAGGACCAGCGGAGGGCGGAGCACGCUCUUCUCGCGAGCGACGGUAGCGGUGGGGGAGGAGCGCCGGGCGCGGGAACGGCGGCAGCCGCAAGGGUGGUGGCGGCAGCGGCGGCAACCAGAAGGGGAGAGGGGGUGGCGCGAAGGCUGGUGGCGGCGGCGGAGGCGGCGACGACGAUGCGGGCGAGUGUCACAAAGUCGUUGGUCGAGGCGGUGUACAGCAGGCUAGGCGGGGUAGGGUACGGCGACGUGACGGUCACCCUUAGCUCGCGCGACGGGACAACAGACCUGAUCGUGAAACGGGUUGCACACGUUCCCCGACUAGAUUACAACCUAGUAUCUCUCACUUCCCUCUUCGACGAUGGGUUCGAAACCAAAACCCUAGGCAAACACGAGUUGGAGUUGGAGAAAGAGGAGGGGAAGUCGGUGUACGCCCCCCGAUGCGGGGACGACGCUGGUGGGAAAGCUCCGGGAGUGCCUGGGGUGCUCGACGGCGAAGCGGCUUUCCAAGCCCAUCCCCAACAAGACGUCGACCCGAGCAUCGCUGCCUCCCCAUCGCAGAGGAGGAAGAGGAAUUCGCGACUGAGGAGCACGAGGGAGGGCGAGAGCGUCGCCCCAUCUACCACGUCGGCCGGCAUGGCCGAUGUGGGCGGCGGCGAGGACGACCGCCGCAGCAGCAACAGCGGCAGCAGCAGCGACAGCGACAGCGACAGCGACAGCGACAGCGACAGCGACAACGACAGCGACAGUGACAGCGACAGCGAGACGGACCUCCCGGCGCUCCGCGGGCCAGAGGCCCGGUGUCCGGCGGAACUCACCAGCCUCCGCACCANGGAAGGGCUAGAGGCGAGGGCGGUGCGAGAGUUGCUGUUCGAGCGCGCGAAAGAGGCCCGCGCUGCGCGCCAAGUGGCGGAGGACUUCCUGCUGGGUGCGGUGGGCCUCAUGCUCAACUCGCCAGACGCCUUCGAGACGGCUGUGGCGUCCUACGAGCAAAACGUCUCGUUCGCCGUGCGUGCGGUAGCGCGCCACGCCCACGCCCCGGCGAAGAGGCACUGGGAUGCCAUCCAGAAGAUCCUCGGCUACUUGAAAGGGACGAGGGACCGCGGCAUCGCCUACCGACGGGGAUCGGUGAUAGGGUUGGCCGUGUACGUAGACGCUAGCUACGCCGACACGGAGGAUAAGCUUUCGGUGUCAGGGUUGGCGACGACGGUUGGAGGUACCGUAGUCAGCCAUGGUAGCAAGACACGGAGCAUCGUGUCUUUGCCUUCGACGGAAGCCGAAUACAUUACUGUCGGGGAGGGCGUCAAGGAGGCGUUGCUUGUGCGUGCUGUGCUUUCGUUUGUUGCCCCAGAGACCGGUGGUAGCAGCAUCCAGGUCUUUGAGGACAACCAGGGGGCCAUAGCGUUGGUGUAG